CAGCCGGAGUGGGACCGCAGAAGUGCUGGAUGGGCUCUGUUGCCAGCGUGAUCCUGCCCUUGCCAGUCACUUCUCCUCGACGCACGCUAUGAGUUCCUGCAACUUCACCCACGCCACCUUCGUCCUCAUUGGCAUCCCCGGACUGGAGGAAGCUCAUUUCUGGUUUGGUUUCCCGCUGCUUUCUAUGUACGUCGUGGCGUUGUUCGGAAAUUGCAUUGUGGUCUUCAUUGUGAGGACAGAGCGCAGCCUGCAUGCACCCAUGUACCUCUUUCUCUGCAUGCUGGCUGCCAUUGACCUGGCCUUAUCCACAUCCACCAUGCCCAAGAUCCUCGCCCUCUUCUGGUUUGACUCCCAGGAGAUUACUUUUGAGGCCUGUCUUGUCCAGAUGUUCUUUAUUCACACUCUGUCGGCCAUUGAAUCUACCAUACUGCUGGCCAUGGCCUUUGACCGUUACGUGGCCAUUUGCCACCCACUGCGCCACGCUGCAGUGCUCAACAACACAGUCACCGCCCAGAUCGGCGUGGUCGCUGUCAUCCGGGGAUCCCUCUUUUUUUUCCCCCUGCCUCUGCUCAUCAAGCGGCUGGCCUUCUGCCACUCCAAUGUGCUCUCCCACUCCUACUGCGUGCACCAGGAUGUGAUGAAGUUGGCCUAUACAGACACAUUGCCCAAUGUAGUCUACGGUCUGACUGCCAUUCUGCUUGUCAUGGGAGUAGAUGUCAUGUUCAUCUCCUUGUCCUAUUUUCUGAUUAUACGAACAGUUCUUCAACUGCCUUCCAAGUCAGAGCGGGCCAAGGCCUUCGGCACCUGCGUGUCACACAUCGGUGUGGUCUUGGCCUUCUACGUGCCCCUCAUUGGCCUCUCAGUGGUACACCGAUUUGGAAACAGCCUGCAUCCUAUUGUGCACGUGCUCAUGGGGGACGUGUAUCUGCUGCUCCCUCCGGUGAUCAAUCCCAUCAUCUACGGUGCCAAGACCAAGCAGAUCAGAACGCGGGUGCUGGCUAUGUUCAAGAUCAGCUGUGACAAGGACCUGGUGGCGGGGGGACACAGGUGACCCUUACCAUUCCACAUCCCCUCAUCCUUGCAGGCUUGAUACAAAUAGGUCCGAACACUAUCUUAAUUCCACUUGUCCAUAAGCAUGAUAUCAGUGCUUUUCUUUGGGUGGAAACAUGAAUUAUAGGGUGGUCCAUCCACUCCAUGGAAUUACUAUGUGAAACAAUCCAUGUUGUGUCACUGAAAGACUGUGAUAUAAAAUAUACGUGUAAUGUUAACUAAGACAGUAAGAAUAUAGGACUGAAAUUCACUUGGAAAAAAAAAAACACCAGUGUAUACCAUGGAAGAAAUGUAUUCAAACCACUAGUAAUUUGGGUUUAUUCCUACUUUCUGAAAUUGCUGUGAUGGAGGUCUUGUUUACCUGGCUAGGAUAGUUUUUUAAAGGAUCUGGCCGCCAGUGACUCCCACCUGUAAUCCUAGCUGAGAUCUGAGAAUUGCAGAUGAAAUCCAGCCUGAGCAGCAAGUGUGUGAGACUCUUAU